AUGCCCUCCCCGGACGAGAUAUUCGAGAUUUGGCAUGGCCUCAUUGCCAAUGAUUUCUCAGAAACAAUAUGCCAGACGUUCGACCUUCCCAACGAAGACAAUUAUGUCUACCGCGCGGAAUCUUUUGCGAUGACCAUGGCGCAAAUCAAGGAGCUAAUAGAUUCAGAAACGUUAAAAUAUAAAUAUCAAGCACAUGGACAGCAAAUAGAGGUUUCAUCCGCAGAUAUCACAGCAUAUACCUCGAUAUUCUCCCCCACCACGGAUACGUACAAAGCCCUGACUUCCUUCUCUUCGAACGCGAAAAAAUCUUCUCCUAGAGAGACAGUCUCUAAAUACCUAGAAUCGAGACGGAUAUGUCCCUUCAAAAUCCCUAAAGCAAAGGGUCAUCUCAACCCGUACUUAGAUCUCUGGGCACAUUCCUGUCAAUUGACGUCUUUUCUUGGACCUCUGCCGGAUUCUUCAUAUGGUAGUCCUGCCAAUGCGAAAAGAACACACCCGAUCCUUCCAGUGUUUUACCACCAUUUUGGCUGCGUUGUUCCAACCUAUGAUGCGUUGCAUAUUCUAUCCCUGCUUACGGCAGAGGCUAGCGGAGGUGUCAUUGACAUGGCAAGCGGCAAUGGAUAUUGGACAUACAUGCUGCGGAGGAUGAAGCUUGAUGUGGUAGCUGUCGACAAUAUGGACAGCGAGUACCGUACCUUGUGGAUACCUGAUACUGUGAAAAGUGAUGGGGUUGAGUAUUUAAAGAAGAAUUCUGGGGGGAAGGGCAAGAUCUUGCUGAUGGUAUAUAUGGUGACAGCGGGGACUUUUACCAAAAGGGUUGUGCAAGUCUACCGUGGAAACAUCAUUGUGGUAGUUGGAACGCAGAACGCGAACAGAUACACGGGAUUCAGCGAUUGCACGGCUGAGGAUUGGUUUGAAAAAGAGAUGCCUGGCUGGGAAAUGACUUGCAGGAUUGCCAUGCCAAGCUUCGCAGGCAAAGAUGAAGGGUUGACUGUUUGGAAGAGGAAAUGA